UACACCAUUUGGGGAACCUGGCCCAUUUCCUGUGUAAGUUUGAAGAAUACGAGUUUUACAAACGCCAUCAGUGCAUCGACCUGUUUGUUUAAGGGUUAUCUUUUCUAAACGUGUUCUUUCUUGGAUCACAACGAAUUGGCUGAUUCCCCUCAGGGAGGGGCUCUUUGGCCUAUAAAGGCAGACCUCUUGCUCUCUUGAGCAUCACAGGACCUCCCAGAACAAAACCGAGAACAAGGUGGGCCAAAGAAAGGACUCCAAACCAAAGCCGACGCCAGCCGCAAGAACGAACCAUGAAGCUGCAACUUCUCUGCCUCGUCUUCGUGCUUCUCAGUGUGACCACCCGAAACCUUUGUGCCUUCACAAUUCAGACAGAAGUCAAGAAAGAACUUGCCAGUCUGGAAACACACAAUGCAGAAGACGGCAUAGCUCAGACUUCUGGCUUGCAGGAGCUGCUACGAAGGACCAAGCGCUUCAACAGUCACUUCCCGAUCUGCACCUACUGCUGUAACUGCUGUAACAACAAGAAAUGUGCUUUUUGCUGCCGAACAUAGAGAACGUGACGCCUUCAACGGAUAGCCACAGCAACCUGUGACAGCUUGCUCUUCCACCACCACAGACACGCCGGGCUCCCCACACAGCCCCCAAGCUGCUCCCCUCUUCCUUCCGUGCCUUUAUUUAUUUCUUCAGCAGUGUU